AUGUCUCACUCCUUUCAUACCCGCUCCCAACACACAACUUCAAUCGCUUUUCAGUUUCAGAGAUCAGUCGACAAAAGCCAAGCAAAGCAACAAACUUCUCGUGUUAUGCAGACUCCAUUUAGCUCCGUCGUUCUCGAAUGUUCUAUCUUGGAUUUGAGACACCAAAGUCAGCAAUUUCUGAAUAUGCUCGCCCAUCAUACUCCAAGACACUCAUCCAGUCGAUUCGUUUGCUGGAGCUCUGAAACCAUCGCAUUAAAGCAAUCAUGGCGAACUGCUGCGUACGACAAGAAUCGAUGCUCCAUCUCCUUGUGUGAUGACAACUCGUUGGCCACCGUGCACAAGUUUCACAAUCUUCUCAUUACCUCUACGAAACCAUUCCGUCAAAACGAAAAUCACACAACGGAUACAAGAAUUGAUAAAUACUUUCUUGUCUGUCAGGACCCAUAUCGCCUAUUGAUUCGAUUGUAUGCGCAAUAUCUCCCGGAUUUAAAUGCUACCCGAUUUGCUGCGAGUUUCCGGUCUCUUCUUGUGACAGUCAAUGAUAAUCGAUUCAACAAAAGAGACGAAUUCAUCUCAAUGAGGGCAUGCGAAGAGAGGCGCACAACAAAAAACUGCGAGGUUCUUAUGUGUUGGCAAGUCUCCGUUAUUUUCCACCAACAUCUUUGCUGGAAUCAUGCUCUCUCGUCGAUCACCGUCCAAACCGUAUUUUGGUUGGAUUCCGAUGUCACAGACGAAGUCAUCUACCGUAUGUUUCUGGACUUGCUAGAGGAACCACGAUUGGAGACACAACAAGAAGCGACGUUCUUUGCUUAUUUCUUCAAGAAGAAAGAUUUUUCAGUUAUUCCCUCGUUGAUGGAGUCGAAUUGGCGAACCAGGUGUGAGCUACCACGGAAGACGUCUACAUCUACAGCUACUGCAAGCUGCUGGCUCCAAAUCAACUGCAAUCAAUUCAACACGAAAGAAAGAUCUCGCCCAGCUCUCUACAAUGAUUUCUGCAUGCUGUUUCUCCAUCGUUGUCCACCUCGUCGGUCAACUUGGGCACUCCGUUCAUAA